CGUCAGUGUGUCAGAGCGUUAACUAAAGGUUCCGCACUGAAAUGGCCGCGGUGAGAUGCUGCACUCUGGACUUUUUUCCCGAAAACAUUUUAAUUGAUAUUUUAUCUUAUUUAAAUGUGCGAGAACUCGUGCGCAACUCCAGGGUGUGCAGGCGCUGGAAGCAGCUGGUGAAGGACCAGAGACUGUGGAGAGCUGUCGAUCUGUCCGCCUGGAAAAGAGUGACAUCUCGAGUGCUAUGGAUUUUACUGCGUCAGUAUCUGGGUCAUGGACUGCGACAACUGCGCCUGCGCGGCCUCCUGCUGUCUGCGCGUGGCGGCGCCUUCCUCACAGAGUCCUGGCUGCAGGCGCUGCGCUCAAAGUGCCCACGUCUGCGCAGACUCUGCCUGCUGCACGCAGACCUGCGCGGUUUAAGCAGCUGCCGCCUGCUGCCUCCUUCAUUAGAGGUGCUAGAACUGCAUUUUUGUGAAGUCCCGUCCGGAUUCUUUGCACAGGAUCCCUCCGGAUCCACCGCAGACACCAUAGAAACGCUCAUCCUCGACAACGUGCCGUCUUUCUCCGAUCAGCACCUGCGCAGUCUCAGCUCGUGGCAGCGAUUAAAGCGUCUAGAGCUGCGCGAUCUCAUCCGCGUGACCGUAGCCGGUCUGAAGAGCUGCGUCCCGCCCGGCGCGCAGACGCUCGCGCACCUCAAACACCUGGAGCUGGAGACGUGCAGCCGGAUGCAGAUGGUGGCGCUGGGUCUGGGCGAGGGAUGGCCGGGUCUGGAGCGGCUCAGUUUGGGCGGGAAGGAAGUCAGUCCGGGCCUGCUGUCUCUCAGCCGCCUGCCGGACCUGCGCUCGCUGCGUCUGCGCACAUGCAGACUCACGCAGAUGAUGGUGCUCAGAAGUUGCAGGUGUUUGACGCAGCUGCGCCUGCUGGAGUUCAUCGAGGUGGAGUUUGUAGAGGACGAGGUGACACAGGACGAGACCGACAGACCGCAGGCGAGUGAAGACGAUCCCGCGCCGAGCCUCAGGUGCGCGCUGCGCUCGAUGCUGCCCGGAUGCGUCACGAGUUUCACCAAAUGUACGCGCACCGUCAACAAAGACUGACGCUUUUCAUGAGGACGAGCUGGUGUGAACAGACUGAAAACAAACACCCUCGUCUUCACAAACCAGUUUAGAAAAGCAGAGAACAUGAUUUUUAAUCUAUAAUAAAUUAUGUCUGAAUACA